AUGCCCGAUCUAAUGACGUUCAGGCCACCAGAACACUUCGAGUUUGAACCACCCGAUUAUGACUCGAAAAGCCAACUCUUCACUUUAUGUGUCCAUUUUAGGGGACAUUUCCAUAGUAAUGGUGGAGAAAAGAAGUACAUCGGUGGGGCAGCUUACAAGUUCGACUUUGUCCGAGAAGGUCUGAUGUCUUUAGAAGCACUUUACAGGCUGGCAAUUAGAGAGAAAAUGGAGGGGACCAUUACUUACUGGGGAAAAUCUGAGGUAGGUCUCAUUACUGAAAUAAAAAAUGAUGGGGAAUUACUUGUUUCCAUUAAAAGAGCUAUAAAUGGUUCUAGAGAGCUCUUUAUUUAUUUUGAUAAUGGGGCUAAGUGCAUCACAUGUGAUGAAGACUCUAAUGAUUGGAAGAUAGAUGAUGAAUCAUUGGCAAAUUAUGACUAUGAGGCUGAGUUGGGAUUUAAGGUUAGUGGGCAGUGUGAAAGAAAUGAUUCUGAAGCUGAGGUUGGAGUGAAGGCUAGUGGGCAGUGUGAAAGAAAGGAUUCUGAAGAUGAGGUUGGAGUGAAGGCUAGUGGGCAGUGUGAAUACAGGGGCUCUGAGCAUGAAUUGGAAGGUAAAGAUGAUGAGGGAGAUGGUAGUGUUGAGAGUGUUAAUAGUGAUAAUAGUGAAGACCUUGACUUUGAGAUUAGUGGAAAAGAAUGUGAUAAUGAGGAUGAUGAUCUUAUUUUCAAUGAACAUAUAGACUCUGAUGUGGAGUGGUGUGAUCACAAUACAUCAAUCCCUAUUGGACCUGCUGAAGAAGAUGAUGAAUUGGGUGAUACAGAUGUGGUGGAAAAGGAAGACAUAAGUCAUCCCCCAAUGGACCAACUUCAGGGCUUAGAGUAUUGUAUUGAUUCUAACCCUUCUUGGGGGGAGGCUAUAGCACUUGGAUUUCAGCAUUAUAUAUUGGCAUUAGGGACUGCUGUGAUGAUUCCUUCAUUUCUUGUUCCUUUAAUGGGUGGAAAUGACGAUGAUAAAGUGAGGGUAGUUCAGACUUUGUUGUUCAUAGGAGGAAUAAACACAUUGCUGCAAACAUUGUUCGGGACUCGAUUGCCGACUGUUAUUGGAGGUUCGUGGGCUUUCAUGGUGCCUAUAAUCUCGAUAAUUCACGAUCCAUCCCUGGAAAGAAUUACGAACCCUCAUAUGAGAUUUUUGAGUACAAUGCGGGCAAUACAAGGUGCACUUAUAGUAGCAUCGAGCGUGCAGAUUAUUCUGGGCUAUAGUCAGCUGUGGGCUAUAUGUUCCAGGUUUUUCAGUCCACUUGGGAUGGUCCCAGUAAUUUCACUAGUGGGUUUUGGUUUGCUUGAUAAGGGCUUUUCAAUUGUCGGAGGAUGUGUAGAAAUCGGCAUUCCAAUGUUCAUCUUAUUCGUUGCCUUCUCUCAGUACUUGAAGCACUUCCAAAUGAAGAAAAUUCCCAUACUCGAGAGAUUUGCACUUCUACUAUCAGUGACAGUAAUAUGGGCUUAUGCACACUUAUUGACAGCAAGUGGCGCUUAUAGGCACCGUCCCGAGUUGACUCAAAUCCAUUGCAGAACUGAUAGAGCAAAUCUCAUAUCUUCCGCUCCAUGGAUCAAAAUCCCGUAUCCGCUUCAGUGGGGUGCACCUACUUUUGACGCUGGCCAUGCGUUUGGAAUGAUGUCUGCUGUAUUAGUCUCCUUAAUUGAGUCAACUGGAGCAUAUAAAGCGGCAUCUCGUUUGGCUAGUGCCACACCGCCUCCAGCACAUGUCCUCAGCCGUGGAAUCGGGUGGCAGCAGGGGAUCGGCAUAUUGUUAGGCGGCUUGUUUGGUACGGCUACUGGAUCAACAGUCUCAGUGGAAAACAUUGGUCUUCUUGGAAGCACUCGAGUUGGCAGUAGGCGAGUAAUCCAGAUAUCAGCUGGUUUUAUGAUCUUCUUCUCAAUGUUAGGGAAAUUCGGAGCAUUAUUUGCAUCCAUACCCUUUGCGAUAUUUGCAGCUGUGUAUUGCGUAAUGUUUGGCCUUGUUGCUUCGGUUGGGCUAUCGUUUUUGCAGUUUACAAACAUGAACUCAAUGAGGAAUCUUUUUAUAACGGGCGUGUCCUUAUUUCUCGGCUUCUCGAUUCCUGAGUACUUCAGGGAGUACACAAGUGCUUCUCUUCAUGCUCCUUCACACACCAAAGCUGGUUGGUUCAACGAUUUUUUGAACACGAUAUUCAUGUCAUCUCCAACAGUAGCCUUAAUAGUGGCAGUGUUUUUGGACAACACGCUCGACUAUAAAGACAGUGCAAAGGACAGAGGUAUGCCGUGGUGGGUUAAGUUUCGGACAUUCAAAGGAGAUAGUCGAAAUGAAGAGUUUUACACUCUCCCUUUUAACCUCAACCGUUUUUUCCCUCCAUCCUAA